AUGCACACGACAGCUUUUCUAAAAUUAGAUAAUAGUGUUUCGGUUGACGAACAUUUGUGUUCUUAUAAAGGGCAUAUGUGGGCUAAGGUGUUUAUUAAGUCUAAGCCUGGACGUUAUGGUAUAAAGUUUUGGAUGUGUGCUGACUGUGAGACAGGAAUGACUCUCAACCUCCAAAUGUACUGUGGUAAGUGUGGUGGUAAGGAGGACAAUCAGGGCUUUAGAGUGGUCAGGGACAUGGUGCUACCCAUGUUAUGCCGUGGUAACAAGUUUACCGUUGUGUGUGACAACUUCUUCUGUACGUUAAGGUUGUCACACUACCUUGCUUCAUGUGGGUGCCAACUUUUGGGAACCAUGAGGAUCAAUAGGAAAGAACUUCCUGACGAAGCAAAGGCCAUCAAAGGGAGAACUCCCGAUACCACCAUCUUUUUCUCGAAAGGAAAGUGUAAGCUCAUCUCUUACUUCAAUGAGAAAAAGAAGCUGGUAUUGGUCUUGUCAACCUGCCACGAAAAGAAUGAAAUUGAAGUCGUCGAGCAGGAUGUGUUCAUUGGCAAAGAAAAAAUGACAAUACACAAACCCCAGCCCAUUCUUGAUUACAACCACAAAAUGGGUGGGGUUGACACUGUGGAUCAGAUGACCAGGUAUUAUACGUGUAGACGUCGAACAAACAGGUGGAAUAUCAGGGCUUUAUAUGAUAUGAUUGAUAUAGCUGCCUUAAACGCGUAUAAAACGUACUCAAAUUACCACCCUUGCAAACGAGUGGAUUUUUUGAACAAUCUUUCUGGUGCUUUAAUGAAAAUGAAAUGA